UAUUGGUUUCAUAGCUCACUUUCAUAUCAGUUUAGUUGUUAAACAUUUCACGAUUGCUUUAACUUAAUUUAGUUAAAGGAUCGUAUGAAGAUGCGGCAAAAAGUGGGAAAACCCCCUAAAAUAUUGAUGGAGGGAGAGGACGCUGGACGAGGAUCCAAUUCAGCAGAGAAAGCCAAUCAAGGACUCAUGACAUAGAUGGAAUAAGUCGUGCUCCCUGCUUUGUGCAGCUUUCCUCUUUAUCUUGGAUAUGCUGCUAAACCCUCUACAACUGAUACUAGCUGCGGUCCUGUUCGCGUCCACCCAUUCCAUUUUCUGUUCGGAUAACCAGCCCUACUGUUCUGGCGGAAAGAUCUGCGUUCACAACGAGUGCAGAAGAUACAGGACCAACAUUGACUGCUCCACUUCCGGUGGGAAGUGUCCUCGUGGUUACUGCUGUAUGAACCAAGGUUCCUCCUCGGCGGGCAUCUGUGUCCGCAAGCUCAACUUCCGGCUCCGGAUAGGCGACUACUGUAACAGACAGGCUACCUGCGAUUACUGCCAGUGUCAACCCGGACUGGUCUGCGCCAAAAACGGCUUCCAGUUUUUCCCCGAAGCCGUCUACACUUGUCAGGAGAAUGACACUUUUACUGAACAGGAGGGCGACUGCUCUGAAGACGAACAGUGUGCCAGUGAUAGGUGUUGUUCCAGCUCAAAGUGCAAACCCAAGAAAAAAAAGUAA